AUGCUCCCUGGUGUGGGGCCGAAGUUCACUAAACCUCUAAACUCGGUGGAAGAUUUGGAUCGUCUAAACUGGUCCGUUGAUGUGCGCAAAGAGCUAUCUUAUGUUUACGAAGCGAUCACGCUGACUCGGCAUCGUCUUGAAGGCAAGGUGCCCUUGAUCGGAUUUUCCGGUGCACCGUGGACCCUAAUGUCCUACAUGAUAGAAGGUGCUGGCUCAGCGACGCAGUCGAAGGCCAAGCGUUGGCUCUACGUACAGCCGGAUGCCAGCCACCGUCUGCUGUCUCUUCUCGCGGACACUGUGACAUCCCACUUGGUGUAUCAAGCAGUCGCCGGUGCGCAACUAUUGCAGAUCUUCGAAUCCCAUGCCGGUGUCCUCACCUCUUCACUAUUCAGCAAGUUUUCUCUUCCGUAUCUCGUCCAAAUUAUGCACGCUGUACGUAACCGUUUGAUUGAGGAUCACGGAUUCAGACCGGAUCAGCUACCGCCGUUGAUUGUGUUCGCUAAGGAUGCACAUUAUGCCCUGCAAGAAUUGAUAGACAGUGGUUACGAUGUGGUCAGCUUGGAUUGGACAAUUUGUCCCACACACGCCCGCACUUUGGCCGGGAAUAAGGUGACGCUGCAGGGCAACCUUGACCCGUGCGCACUGUACGCACCCAACUCCGAAUUGCAUGACCUUGUGGUGGACAUGCUGCAAAAAUUCCAACCCCAUCGCUACAUAGUGAAUCUUGGCCACGGUAUCUAUCCGGAUGUAGAUCCCGAAAAGGUCAAAACGCUUGUCGACUUGGUUCAUUCUUUACCGGCUGCCUCUCCUGAUUCUGACUCAGACAAAGCGCCUUCACCAAUACCCUGUGAGGUCCACGACCUGCCUUGUAUUUCUGUCGCGAAUUAAUCAGCAUCCCUAGGUAUAUUUGAUUUUUUCUGAACUUGAAGCUUGUGACGUGAUUCUUUUUCACUUAUCUACUAAAACGCUCUCACUUUAACCUCUAUCGC